AUGAUAAAUCUGAAAAAAGUAUUAUUAAAUAAAUAACAAAAUAUUUUAAAAUAAAUAAUUAAUAAAGAUUAUAAAAUAAAUCCAGAUUCAAUUAACUUUAUAAAAUAACUACAAAAGCCGAUUUCUAUAAUAACAGUAGCCGGUUUAUAUAGAACUGGAAAAUCAUAUUUAUUAAAUACAAUUAUAUAAAAUAAAAAUGCUGGCUUUUAAGUUGGCUCUACAAUAAAUUCUUGUACAAAAGGAAUAUGGAUUUACGGAUGUCCAAUAAAAGAAACAAAUUUAAACGGCGAAAAUAUAAAUAUAUUAGUUUUGGAUUGCGAAGGUAUGGGGUCUACUAAUGAAAGCUAAGAUUAUGAAAAUAAGCUUUUUUGUUUAUGUAUAUUAUUAUCUUCGAGUUUAAUUUACAAUUCUAUGAAUGCAAUUGAUGAAAAUGCAAUAAACAAAUUAUUUUUUAUAUCUAAUAUAACAAAAAAUAUAUAAUUAAAAUAAGAUAAUAUAGACUAAAAUAUUAACGAAGAUGAUUAUUAAAAAUACUUUCCAAAUUUUUAUUGGGUUUUAAGAGAUUUUACAUUAUAAUUAGUAGAUAAAUAAGGAAAUUAAAUUACAUCAAAUUAAUAUUUUGAAUAAUCCUUAUAAGAAUAAAAAGGAAUUUCCGAUGAAGUCUAAUAAAAAAACCGAAUAAAAAAAUUCUUAAAAUAAUUUUUCACACAAAGAGAAUGUGUAACAUUAGUAAGACCUUUAGAAAGUGAAUAAGACUUACAAAAACUCGACUAAAUCGAAUUUUAGAAACUAAGACCUGAAUUUCAAGAACAAAUAGAAUAAUUUAGGAAACGAAUAAUCAAAAAAAGUAAACCAAAAAUGAUUAAUAAUAAAUAUUUAAAUGGUGAAAUGUUCCUUAGUUUAGCUGAAUCUUAUUUACUAGCUAUUAAUACUGGAAAAAUGCUUAAUAUAGGAAAAUCUUGGGAAUAUGUCUGUAAACUAGAAACUUCUAAAGCUGUAUAAAAAUCUUUCGAAAAAUAUGAAUAAAUUCUAAAAUAAAAACUUUAUCCUAUAAUACCUACUACAUGUAUAGAAAUAAAAGUAAAAAAAAAAAAAAAUUUGUAUAAAAAUGCAUAUUUUAUUUACAUAUAUAGAAAUAACAUUAAGAUGCUAAAAAAGAAGCUUUAAAUUUAUUUAAUAAUUUAAGUUUAGGAGAAGAAAAAAAUGGAUUUUUGGAAAUGCUAAAAGAUAAAAUAAAAGAAAGAAUUAAAAUUAUCAUAAAUUAAAACGAAAAGGAUUCUUUAAUAAAUUGUUCUGUUUUUAUGUAAAAAGAAUUCUAGAUUAUUGAAGAUAAGUAAAAAAAUAAUUUGUAUUUGUGUUUUUUGGAAUUUGAAAAGGAUGUGUAACUUUUUCAUUAGUUUUUGA